UAGAGGUUGUACCAACUCCUCGUGCCGUGACGCUUUAAGCAGGAAGUCGACUAGUCGCCGAUCACGUGACAACAACAACAACGGACACCUCGGAGAAGACCGGUGAGGAGUCCGGUUUGUCAUUGCAGCAAACUAGCAGCGGAUCAUAAAUAUUCCCGUACGUUCCACUUCAGCAGGGCCACCAGUGCGUCGCUCUGAAGUCUAAACUGAGGCUCUCCCAUCAGAGCUGUCCUACUGCAGCACUGCAUCCCUCUGGCCCUUCCCCCCAUCACCGACGUCACUUCUGACGCCUCACACGGGAGGCGUGUCCAGCAGAAAUCCCCAGCAAGCCACAGAUGUAGCUGCAGGUCUGACAGAAGGAGAAGCUGGGAGGGAGGAAGAGUUUUGGACGCACACACUGCAGAGGGAGUGCGGCUAUGGGGAACGCACAGGAGAAACCCCCCGGCAGCGGAGGAGGGGCGGCGAGACCGGAUCAGGCCACAGCAGCAGCAGCAGGAGGGAGCGGGACAAGAAGCAGGGGAGGAGGCGGCGGAGGAAAGAUGAACAGGGCUCCAGAGAGGGGGGUGGCCAAUGGAGGAAGCCGCCCCGCUGGUGGACAAGAGGAUCAGGGUAGCCCUGCAGUGGACACGAGUUACCUGGACGCUCCUGCCGGGGCCCUGCCUCCUCACCUGGCCCGGCUCAAGAACGAAGGGAACCACCUCUUCAAACAUGGCCAGUUUGGAGAUGCGCUGGAGAAGUACACCCAGGCCAUUGAGGGAUGUGCUGAAGCAGGCGUCGAUAGUCCAGAAGACCUGUGCAUUCUCUACUCGAACAGAGCUGCCUGUUACCUGAAGGAUGGAAACAGCGCAGACUGCAUACAGGACUGCUUCAAGGCUUUGGAGCUGCAGCCCUUCUCCUUGAAGCCCCUGCUCCGCAGAGCUAUGGCCUAUGAGUCACUGGAGCGCUACAGGAAGGCCUAUGUGGAUUAUAAGACGGUGCUGCAGAUCGACACCGGGGUGCAGGCGGCUCAUGACAGCGUCCACAGGAUCACCAAGAUGCUGAUCGAGCAGGACGGGCCUGAGUGGAGGGAGAAGCUUCCAGACAUUCCCGCCGUCCCUCUGUCCGUGCAGCAGCAACACAGAGAGAAACCGGUCAGCAUCGAGCAGGCCCAGGCCCGAGCCGCCAGGGCCGCACAGGAGGAAGCCAGAAGAAAAGAAGCUCGCUUUAACUUACUCAAACAGGAAGGCAACAGUCUUGUCAAGAAAGGACAGUUCCAAGAGGCUCUGGAGAAGUACAGUGAAUGUCUCAUCAUAAAACCUGACGAAUGCGUUCUCUACACAAACAGAGCCAUUUGUCUCCUGAAGCUGGAUCGCUUUGAUGAGGCCAAACAGGACUGCGACUCUGCGCUGCAGCUGGAGCCGGCCAACAAGAAAGCCUUCUACAGACGAGCCCUGGCUUUUAAGGGUUUACAGGAUUACCUGUCAGCCAGCAGUGAUCUCCAGGAAGUCCUCCAGAUUGAUCCAAAUGUCCGGGAGGCCGAGGAGGAGCUGGAGGUGGUGACGGGUUUGCUGAGGCAGAGCUUGUUAGACACUAAUGCACACGCACCAAGGGUUUGAUGGCCCUUUGUGGUGCACAUAUGGCGACAGGUGUGGACACAUAUCGGACUUUUAAAGCCAUCAGCUGCUGUAAGUAAAAUGGAAAUGACUGGUUUUAAAAUCCCAGGAGAAGAAGCACCUAGGACGACCAGCUUUUCAACUCUGCACCAUCUUCAGUGUGUGCAAACCUCAUCAUAACUCCUGAGUACACAACGGAGAGCUUCAUUUAAGAAGGCUAAUGUCAAGGUACUCGUGACCUGCUCGCUCUCCCAAAUCAUUCAUGUUAUGAUGUAAUGUACUGUAAACAGAGCUCUGUUAUUUGUCAGAGUAAAACAGGGCAAAGAAAGAAAGAGUGUGUAACGUGUGCCUUACUGAGAUUUCUACCACAGUUGAGAUGAAACACGCCAAGAUUAAAGGUUUAAUUUUGAUUCACUGUGUUCGGUUUUAAAAAAGAAAAGGUUCACUGAGUCCGAAACAAAAGGCCUCACAGAAACCGAUUCUGCUCAAAAGACGAAGGCUGUGCGCGGCACACAUUUCAGUACGUGUGCAAGGUUCCAGCUGUUUCAGUACAAGGCAUUUGUCAUUGUUUACACAUAUCAUGAUAACAGCCACGCAUACUGUAAAACACAAUUACCAUUAUCAUAUUAGCGAUUGCUUUGGGGGAGAACAUUUCUGCUGCGGAUUUCGAACAACAAAAAUUUUAAAAAUGGUGACUGACUGACUGGGGUUGUCGACUUUCUGGUUUUAGAUAAACAUUGGGCAACUGAAGACAGAGUUACAGGUUACGUGCACAGAACAACUUCAUGUAGCUCUCAGGCUCAGUGUCGAAUGUGAGGUGUAUAACCUCUACAACCUUCCAGCUGCAAUAGAGGAUAUGCAAGUGACGUCACAGCCAGCCAAGUCUCCAUGGUUACAGCCACUGACUGGCAAAAAGUGGCGGUUGAAAAUGGAGAUUAGUAGCAUUUGUUUGAAGCAUAGGCUUUAAUACUGUCUAAAUUGUAAAAUUAAUUCUAAAAAAGGUUAAUAGCUGUUGUGUGAUUGACUGAACAGAUUUGAAAAGCAGUCAGAAAUAUUUUUACAGAUAUCUCCGACUGCCAAAGAAAUAGAAGUAAAUAAGUG